AACCAGCUGAGGCAAACAGACUCCAACUACACCACAUGUUCAUCUGAGAGUCAUGGUGGUGAAGAAGAAGACAGCCAGAGUGGAGGCUGUGGUGUUGGAGGAGGAGAACCUGCACAAGCUGAUAGCAUCCCUGUCUGUGGAUUGUGGAGAAGAUGGCAUCAGACAGAUUGCCCAGACCCUGCAGUCCUGUUUGGAGCUGACGGAGCCAGUGCAGCAGAUCCAGCUGAUAAAAAAGGCAGGGGCCCAGUUGGAGGCCCUGAGCGAUGAGCAGCCAGACGAUGCUCUUCUGGAGAACUGUCUCCACACCCUGGCUCUGGUCUUCACCUCCCUGCUGGCCAAGAACCCCCUACGACGAGCCAUCGCCAGUGCUUUGGGUUCAGUACCAGCCUGGUUACAGGAGCGAACUGUAGAUUGUUUGUGUUCCUGCUUGUCUGACUGUCUGUCCAACUCAGGCUCAGACAAAUAUCCACAGGAUGUGGACACUAUCACUGCCUGUUUGGAUGGCUUCCCUCUUGGUGAGAGAUGCAUUAACAAACUGCUGCCUGAAGUUUUGCAGUUUCUUCACAAGGGACUGAGUCAAUACCUUCAUCAGAACAGGGGUCUAGCAGGCCGCCACAUUGCCCAGGCUCAGCUGAUGUACUCCUGCCUGGCUGCAGUGAAGUCUUCCAUGCUGGUAGUCCAGCGAUCACAGGAGACAAUCAGUGAAGCCCUGCAGGCUGAAGAGGGUCACUGCAAUCUGGAGGACACACUGAGCAGCCUCCUGAGCUGCUACAUACACAUCCUCACUGACGAGGAGUUCAUCCAGUCAGUCCAGAGCACAGCCGGCAUGGCUGUAGUGUUGAUGAUCAGGUCCAUCAUGGGCUCUGGGGAUGAAGUUGCUUCUGUGGUGUGCAGUUUGCUGAAUGGCUCUGCCCAGGGCUUAGACCCGGCCCCUCAGUGGCUCAAAGAGAGGUGUGUCAGUCUGUGCACUAGUGCUCGCCCGCCAGGUGUCUCUCUCUAUCUGUGUCAUGGGGUUCUGGCUAUGAUGAGCUGGAAGGGUGCUCUCCCAGGACCACAGUGGGAACAACUGCUGCUGUUGGUCCCAAACACGCUGCUGGAUCUGGAUGUCAGUGUGAAGGAGUCCAGUACAGCAAUGUCGGUGGCUCGGGUGCUGACCCUGUGGAGUGGCACGGCUGUGGACUGCCUGCAGGGAGUCACGCAGCCCUGCCCCCCCCAGCUCCAGCAGUCCCUCAGCGGAGGCUCCGAGCUGCAGCAGCACCUCCUGGAGCACAUCUACUCACACUGGGAGCACCCACUGGACGGAGUGCGCCACCAAACCCGAUCGCUGUUCCGCAACCUCCUCCUGCUCCAUCAACUUACCAACCCCUCCACCUUCGACCCCACCGAGGACUCUUACAUCACAGAGCUCACCCAAAGCCUGCUGGGGCUGGAGUGGCACAUGAGGGGGAAGUACGGCUCCUUGGGCUGCCUGGUGGAGCUCUAUGGAGCAGGGCACUUGCUCAACAUCCAGCCCCAACUGCCGUCAUGUCUCCUGGGUUUGAUGGGUGAUCAGACCAUGGCUCCGUACGCCAGCGACCUGCUGGAGAGGCUGUUUGUCAGUCACAAAGCUCAGCUGGCCACUGAGGCUGCUGCGGCAGGAACCACAGAGGACUGGAUGGAGCCUUGGCACGGCACAUGGGUAACCCCGCUGCUGCAGGUGCUUUGCCGUGCCAGACUGGACCAAACCACUUACAUCCUGGACUACUUCAUGCCCAAGCUGCUUCGCUGCAGCCCCUCCAGCCUGGCUCACAUGGUGAAGGCCCUGCAGGACACACCGCCCUGCAGCACAGGUGCUUCAGGCAGCAGGGGUCCACUCGGUGCUCUGAUGACGUGCCUGCGGGCAGCGAGGGCCCAGGGUGUUGUUCCAUCCUCAGAAGGGGGUCUGUGGGGGGGACUGGUGCCCCUCUCCCUCCUCCAGCAAGCUCUCGUACACAAACAUGAUCAAGUGAGGAUGGACGCUUUAGGUUUGCUGUGUGAGAGCCUCCGCAGCACUGAAGCUCUGACCUUGCAGGAAAUGGACCUGACUCGCUACUUCCUCCUGCCCAAUCUCAACAGUCAGUCCCCAGGCGUCAGACAGCACAUAAUCAGUCUGCUGAAGAAGUUACUGUGUCGAGCGAAGGACAGCACUCAGCUGCUGCAGAAGAGACUGAGUCAGGAGAGAGACCCGGAGAAGAGAGACAGACAACAACACACAAUACAGCUGAACAAGGAGUUCCUGCACUGGCUGUGUGUGCAGCUGCUGGAGGUUCUUGUUCCCGGAGCGUCCUUUUCUAAAUGCCUCAUGUCCCUCCACCUGCUGUGUCUCGUGGGCCAGUUCUUCACCUUCAGCACAGGGCCUGAUGUGUUUGCCCUGGGCGAGGUUGUGACCUCUGCACAUGCUCAGAAUGUCCUCUACUGUGUUGCCAGCAACUUCCUGGAAGUCAAACAGCUGGCCACCACACUGCUGUCGCAAUUCCCUCCAUCAGUUGUGGGAUUACAGGCGCCAGAGAGAAUGGUUUGUGUCCUUCAGGCUGCUCUGGAGCUCAGUACAAGCACCAAGCCUUUUGACAGCGUUUCAGCAGCCCACCUCCUCACGCUGCUGCUGCCCCAGCCGCACCUGAGCCAGGCUCUGCUGCACUGUGCCCAGCAGCAGGGCCUCGACUUCCAGCCUCCCUCCCUCCGGCCCCAGGAUUCAGAGAACUUCCUUCUGGAGAUCAACACUCGGGCUGUGGUUCAGUUCUUGUUGUGUUGCCUGCAGUCAGAGGUGAUGAGGGCCGAGUCGUCUCUCCUACAAGCAGCUGCUUCUUAUCCUCUGUAUGGAAGAGCUCACUGCAUCACGGCUGUACUACAGCAUCUAAACACUGAGAGUUUGAGACAGACGGAGCAGUGGAGGUGUCUGGUGUCAGAGCUGAUUGCCGUGUGCUACAGGAUGUCUGAUGUGGUUUCCCCCGUAGUCCAGAGCUCCUCCCCAGAGGGACUCAUCCCCAUGGAUACUGACUCCGAGACGUCAGCAGGUCUGCAGAGGAUCCUGCAGGAGAUCCAGCCCAGGGACACCAAUGACUUCUUCGACAGUGCCAGGGAGUUGGACGCACACCAGGGAGACGAUCACAGUCAGACUUCACACACACCAUCACUGAACACUGGUGGUGAAGGCUACAGGGUGACAGCCCAGAUGGUGCUGGUAUGUUGCUGGCGGAGCAUGAAGGAAGUGGCCAUGCUGCUCGGCCAGCUGUGUCAGAGUCUGCCUCUGCUCUACACCAAUGAGGAGCAGCAAACACAUCCAGGGCUCAUCACAGAGGAACAGGUGGAGGGGGUCGGCCUGUACUUCCGUCAGCAGCUCCUGCAGUCCCGUCACCGUGGCGCCUUUGAACUGGCCUACGUGGGCUUUGUGCGCCUCACCGACAUGCUGUGCAGGAGUGGAAGUCGGGGCCUGCAGCAGCUUCCGGCCCUCUGGCUGUCUGAGGUCCUGGAGCAGGUCAAAUCCAGCGAUUCAACGUCCAAGCUGUGUGCCACGCGACGCAGCGCAGGAAUACCCUUCUACAUCCAGGCUCUGCUCUCCUCUGAGCCCAAGUUGUCCAGUUGCAGUCUGCUGAAGAUGACUAUGAGAGAACUGAUCAGCCUGGCCAUGCCGUCCGCCGACAGGAACAACGAAAGCUCCUCUGUUCCUCAGGUCCAUGCUCUGAACAUCCUCAGAGCUCUGUACAGGGACACUCGUCUGGGGGAAAACAUCCUCCCCUUCGUCUCAGAUGGGAUGCAGGCCGCUGUGCUGGGCUUCACCUCUCCUGUGUGGGCAGUGAGGAACUCCUCCACUCUCCUCUUCAGCACUCUGAUCACAAGGAUCUUUGGAGUGAAGAAAGGGAAGGACGAGCACUCGAAAAAGAACAGGAUGACAGGCCGGGAGUUCUUCACUCGUUUUCCAGCCCUCUAUCCGUUCCUCCUGAACCAGCUGGAAGAGGCUGCAUCCACCGUGGAAAGUGACAGUGGUCAGGUGAAGCUACACCCCAGUCUGUUCCUGCUGCUGCUGGUGCUCAGCCGCCUCUACCCCUCUCCCAUGGAUGGAUCUUCAUCACCGCUGGGACUUGCCCCUUUCAUGCCCUUCAUCAUUAGAUGCGGUCACUCCCCAGUGUAUCGGACCAGAGAAAUGUCAGCUCGGGCCCUCGUCCCCUUCGUGCUGGUCACCCAGGUCCCGUCUACAGUUCACGCUUUACUGCAGAAGCUUCCUGCAGAGCCGGGACCCAGAAUCCAACACAACCACAUCCACGGGACUCUGCUGCAGGUGCUGUUUCUCCUGCGCUCCUACCAGACAGACUCACACAGACCCCUGCCAGCAGGAAAUGGCAUCGGCGAGUCUCUCAGUCAGCGCAUGUGGCUUGCCUCUCGACAGAAUAGCUGCGUGGUGACCAGAGGAGCCUUUCUGGACGUGUUAGUGGGCCUUUGUGGGCCGAAGGUCAGUCUCCUGGAAGAUUCACAGGUUGACGAGCUCCGUCAGAGGACUCUCUCCAUCCUGAUGGACUCAGACCUGGUCCUCUCUGAUCCCUCCUCUAUCACCCUCGGGCCUGGCAGCACCCAGUACCUGCUCAGUCUGGUCCGGGUGGCCCUCAGCGCCAGCAUGGAGAUCCCUGAGCUCUGGAGGGCUCCUCAGCUGACCACGCAGCUCCUGACAUGCCUGCUGCAGUUUCCACAGUACGAGGUGAGGGAGCUGGCGCUGCAGGGGCUCCUGAGGAGGCUGCAGGAGGAAGAGGAAGAGGAGGAGGAGGAGGAGGACAAGGAGAGGAGACAUCAGUGGCUGGAGGAGACCACCCUGUCCAACCUGACCGGCAUGGCUCUUCACGAGACACACCCCCAGUGUCUGGCCAAGGUCCUUCAGGUGCUGUGUGUGUUCAGCUCCAGUGGUGAACUCCUGUGGCGGGAUGGUGCUCAGACUUUGUCCCAGGAAGAGGUUCUUCUGCACCUCCUCACUCUGGCUCAAAACUCUGUUCACAGUGUGGAGCUCCAAUGCGCUGCCCUGACCCUGAUGUCUCAACUGGUGAACUCUGACCCAAAGGUUGCAAGUGCAAUGUCUUGUUUUGCUCAGUGGGGGGCGCUGGUGUGCUCAUGCUGCAGUGAGGAGCAGCCGAUGGAGGUGAAGCUGAUGGCCGCCAAGGUGUUGGUCAACUGCACAGAAGCUCUGCUGACCAACCCUCAUCUGCCACUGGGUCUGUUUACUACAGUUUCUCUGUGGAGGAGUCUGUUCACUUUGCUGCAGGAUGAAGACCAUGAAGUCCGAGAUUCAGCCUCUGAUUUCAUAACUAAUGUACCAGCACCUCUGCUCAGUAAAGAAACGGCCGGUGUGUCAGUGUGUCCUCCUGUAGCUCUGGACCGGGGCCUGGGCCUCCUGUGUCGGCUGUUCGAGCUGUGGGGGGAGGUUCCCGCCGGCGUCCUCGCACUGACAGAGUGGCUGCUGGGAGACAAAGACGACAAUGACCAGGCGGUUAUAGACGACGCUUCCUCUCUGGAUGAGGAGGACUUCCUGUUUGAGAAGGGGGAUCUGAACCUGUGGGCCGAGCCUGUCCAGUGGGUGAAGCUGCUUCACCGACACCUCACCUCCCUCAUCCCGAUCUUAAAGCAGAGCCAGCACCCAGGAGCAGUCAUCCUGGAUCAAGCCCGGCUCCACACUCUAUCUGCCCAGGCCCGCACCAAGGCCCUCAGCUCCCAGCAGGCCUUGGACUCCCUCCCUGCCCUGCCCCAGUUCACCUGCACCGCGGAGCACGCCCGGCUGACCCUGGGGCACCAGAGGGCCACACUGGCUCUGGAUGUGCUGGAGAGGCUGAAGUAGAGAAACGAGCAUGGUGCAUCUCUAAUACCAACAUUUUUUUAAGGGAAUUGUCUGUAAGUCAGAAUUCCUUAUAUUUCCAAAACAGGAAAGUUUUCAGAUAAAUGAACACAAGACCACAGACCGGCUUUGUGGUCUUUUUUUAACUCUGUAUUUGUCUCUUACUUUUUCCUACGAAUUAUGCCUUCAAUGUUUAUCAGAUUUCAUUGUUAUAGUUACUAUUCCUUGAUGUCUCUUAAAUAAAUAUGUCACAAAAUA